CCCUCCUCCUGUUUUCUCUCUACCUCACUCUGUCCCAUGGGUUCUAUAUCUGUUCUCUUCUUACUAUCCAUGUUUCUACUUGCUGUUGAUGUAAAAGCUCUAAACCAUUCCAAGAUACCCUUAGGUUAUUGGCUUUCCCCCAUUGCCAACCGUACUUCUUGGGUCUCACCUUCUGGCCUUUUCGCUUUUGGUUUCUACCCACAAGACAAAGGCUUCGCCAUAGGAAUAUGGCUGCGUAAUCAACCAAAUAACACUCUUGUCUGGACUGCAGAUACAGAUAACCAGCCUGUCUCCUCAAAAGCUACAUUGAACUUAACAAGUGAUGAGCUGCUCCUUCGCACAGAGCAUGGUGAAGAAACUUCCAUAGCUGACUUCUCAGAUCACUCAAUUCAUUCAGCUUCUAUGCAUGAUUCUGGUAAUUUUGUGCUCUACGAUAACUCUUCUACUGUUUUGUGGGAAAGUUUUGCUAGCCCAACUGACACCAUAUUAGGAGGUCAGAAUUAUUCCUAUAAUAAUUUCGACUUGGUGUCUACAUCAGACCACUCAGGUAGACGUUAUCGUCUCAGAAUAGACUCAAAAGGAAACCUUGUUUCCUACCCUGACAACAGUACAUAUGGUACAGAAACUGCCUAUUGGUCCUUUGAUGCAUUCGAUGACACUUCUGUAAUUCUGAGUCUUAACCAAAGAGGUCUUCUGCGCUUAAUCCUUGGCAGUUCCAGCAUAAUCAUUUCGGCGAAUAACUCUUACCCUGGCGAGAAAGAAACUACUAUUAUCUAUCGUGCGAUGCUUGAUUCUGAUGGAAUUUUUAAGCUGUAUUCACACCACUUUUGGGGCAAUGGUAGUAAUACUAGCUCAAAAAUGUACUCGGAAUGGUCAGCUUUGCGUGAUCAAUGUGAAGUCAAAGGUUUUUGUGGCUUCAACAGUUACUGCAUAAGUACAGGCUCCAAAGCUGACUGUCACUGUUAUCCUGGAUUUCUUUUCAUAAACCCCAAAAAUAAGUUUUUGGGCUGUUUCAAUAACUUCAGUGAAGAUGGUUGCAGCAAAGGUCCAAUGGUACCGUACAACAUUAUUGCUUUACCGAAUAUAUCCUUGGGUGAUUUUCCUUAUUCAGUGGUACGUACAAACCAGGAAAACUGUAACACGUCUUGCCUUGGAGACUGUAAUUGUAGGGCUGCAUUUUACAUUAAUGGCACUUGCAAAAAAUAUAAGCUUCCACUUAAAUAUGGUAGAAGUCAGAAUUUAUCAGUUAUGAUUUUCUUGAAGGUGAAUCGGAGAAAUGAUGUAAGUUUAGACCCUCGCCCUCCGAGUCCAGUAAUCUUGAUGGAUGGCAAAAAAAUCUUGAUUAUUUUCCUAACUUUGGGUUUCAUUGCAUUGAUUUGUUCUGUAAUUGCAAUAUCUUGUUUCUUCACAUAUAGGCAACAAGUUCACAGGUACAGAAACCUGUCUCCGGAAAAUGUGAAUGUGGAAUUUGCUGGAAAUUUUACUCUGCGUUCAUUUUCUUACAAUGAGCUCGAGAAGGCAACAAAUGGAUUCAAGGAACCAUUAGGUGAGGGUUCUUUUGGAUCAGUUUAUAAAGGGUAUGUAUCUGAAGCUAACAAAACUAUUGCCGUUAAGAGACUAGAGAAAUUUGUGGAAGAAGGGGAAAGGGAUUUUCGAGCCGAAAUGACUGCCAUUGCACGAACUCAUCAUAGAAACAUAGUUCAGUUGCUUGGUUUCUGUAUUGAGGGAUCUAGGAAGCUUCUUGUUUAUGAAUACAUGAGCAAUGGUUCACUUGCAGAUCUUCUCUUCAAGGCUAAGAAGCGAACCCUUUGGAAGGAAAGAGUGAGAAUCGCACUAGAAGUGGCUAGAGGGGUCUUCUAUCUACAUCAAGAGUGUGAGGUCCAUAUCAUCCAUUGCAAUCUAAAACCCCAAAAUAUACUCAUGGAUGAUACUUGGACUGCAAAGAUCUCAGAAUUUGGAUUGGCGAGGCUAUCACUGCCGAAUCAAACGAGAACUGCAAUGGGCAUUGAAGGGACAAGUGAGUACUCUGCACCUGAAUGGCAGAAAAAUGCUCUAAUAUCAGUAAAAGCUGACAUUUACAGUUUUGGCGUGCUGCUUUUGGAAAUUGUAUGUUGUAGACGCAACAUAGAUGUGAAUGUUUUGACAGCAGAUGAGAUGCUUCUUUCUAACUGGGUAUAUAAUUGCCUUGUGGCUGGACAGUUGGAUAAGCUUGUGGGAGAUGAAAACGUAGAUAUGAAGACACUAGACAGAAUGGUGAAGGUCGGCUUGUGGUGCAUCCAAGAAGAUCCAGCUUUGCGUCCACCAAUGAAAAAUGUAAUCUUGAUGUUGGAGGGGACAAUGGAUAUAGCAGUCCCUCCAUCUCCAGCUAUUUCUCAUUCUUGAAAUGUCUACCCUAAAUUUGCAAUCAUAUACAUAUAUGUAUAAGCUUACUUCGUAAGUUUGCUUGUGGCCGUAUGUUCUGGUAUAUUACUUUUUUGUAUGAAUUAGUUGUGU